AGUGGCAAAAAUGGUCCCUACCUACCUCCAUCCCAAAGUUCUAUAUAAUGGCUGCUACCCAUGUCUAAUUUCCUUCACUCAACUGCCUAGCAUUUCCUCUCUCGCUUGUCUUUCCUCUCAAAGAUUCAAUUUUUAAUGAAAAUGGCUUUCACCGGGUUUUUCUUGGUGGGUUUUCUAGCAAUGGUCUCAUCUGUUCAUGGGUAUAGUGGUGGAGGUUGGACUAAUGCUCAUGCUACCUUCUAUGGAGGUGGUGAUGCUUCUGGGACAAUGGGUGGAGCUUGUGGCUAUGGGAACUUGUAUAGCCAAGGGUAUGGGACAAACACUGCAGCUUUGAGCACAGCUCUGUUCAACAAUGGGUUGAGCUGUGGGUCUUGCUAUGAGAUCAAGUGUGUGAGUGACCCCAGGUGGUGUUUGCCUGGCUCCAUUAUGGUUACAGCCACCAACUUCUGCCCACCAAACAAUGCUCUUCCUAACAACAAUGGGGGUUGGUGCAACCCUCCCCAGCACCACUUUGAUCUCUCUCAGCCUGUCUUCCAGCACAUUGCCCAAUACAAAGCUGGAAUAGUGCCUGUGGCUUACAAAAGGGUACCCUGUAGUAGAAAGGGAGGCAUAAGGUUCACCAUCAAUGGCCACUCUUACUUCAACCUUGUCCUAGUCACAAACGUUGGUGGUGCUGGUGAUGUCCAUGCUGUUUCCAUCAAAGGGUCCAGAACUGGUUGGCAAGCAAUGUCAAGGAACUGGGGUCAGAACUGGCAGAGCAACACUUACCUCAAUGGCCAAGCCCUCUCAUUCAAGGUCACCACCAGUGAUGGCCGUACUGUGGUCUCUAACAAUGUUGCUCCAGGUGGUUGGUCCUUUGGGCAGACCUACAGUGGUGCACAAUUCUAGACACAGCAAACCCGUUUGUGUCUUUCCUCUUAAGUUUUAGCCUAAUAGUUUGCUAAGGAUUAUAUUUAUGAUUAUAUAAUAUUUUACUAAGUACUACCAAAUUAGUAUACUAGGAUAUUAGAUUUAGUAUACUAAAUUUGUGGGGUCAGCAUAUAUUGGCCUCUCUUUGGGUCAGAAAUGUGAAGGGCUAAUUUUAAAUGGCUUUUCAUCAUUUUAAUUGGACGAAAUUGUUCUUAAGGGUACCCAUGGGGGACCCUUUUUGUUCUUGGGGUCUUUUUUUUUUGCUUCUGUUAUAUGUAGCAGAAGAUGGCAGAGGUGGUCUUUUACCACCCGCCAGUACCAGUAGUAUUUGAAAUAGUUAUAUCUUUAGGAUCAAUUUUUGCUUUUUUUGUUCGAAGGUCAUUGUAACAGCUUCUGCUGACUAAAAAUGUUGUCCUGUGGUUGUUAUGUUUGAACCGUAUUGGAGAUUAUUAUAAGUGUAAAUUUCCAUUUUCUACUAGUAAUGAGAAGGGUUGCUAGUUUAUUUUAAUUGA